AUGAGCUCCAUCGCUGCUGCCAAGAAGGCCGCCACCGCCGUCAUCAAGAACGGCACUGGCGCCUUCGUUCAGCCCUGCCACAAGAUCAUGAUCAACUUCUGCAAGCACUCUGGCAGCAGCCGCUUUGUCCGCAACUACAUCAACGAGCACAUUGUGGAGUUUGCGCGCCAGAACCCCUCCAUUGUGAUCGCUGUCAACCACCGUCCUUGCGCGCAUCCGUUCAUUCGUGCCGAGUAUCUGAACGGCUCUCAGAAGUCCAUCGGUGUCAAGAACCUCCCCGAGGAGAAGGUUCAUGAGUUCAUGAUGUUCCUCCGGAGUCACAACGGCAGCCCCAUGGUCAAGAUCCAGCAGCCGAUCAUGUCCACUUCUCACAACCGCCGCCACUUCAAUGCCCUUCUCUGA